AUGCGUCUUUACUACGUGCCACUCCUAGCAGCAGCUGCUCUACCUGCAGGUGCUCGUGGCCGUCAAGCUAUUGUCGAUGCUCCAAAAGCAUGGCACCAGGCCGUGUCUCCCACACUGGAGAAAGGUGUCAAGGGAAGGCGUUUGCGCACCUACGACGAAUCCGACGACGACUCCGACGACCGCUACUACGACCCUUACAACCACAACAAGGGCGAUUAUAGUGACCACAGCAGUGACACGGUCAACAACAAUCACGACAAUGUCAUCAGAAACGCCUUCUAUAACUGGGAAGAAGAUAGGUCCAUCUUUUCGGAUUCCAAGGACACGAAAAUAGGCGAUGGCGAAGAUGAAGGUGAAAGCGAAAGCUCAAGUGCAUCCAGCUCCGACAUAUCGUCGAUGAUGCCGUCAAACGGUGCGCCGCUGGUGGUCCCUGCUAAACGACGCGAUCGCUUGGACGACUCUGUCAAGCGGCUGACGAACUCCGUUGCUGACGAAAAGGUAGCAAACAACUAA